AUGAAACUCUUCAAUGCUCUCCUUGCUUCAGCUGCGGCAACAGAAGUAUCAGAUAUUCAACGUCGCAAGACCCUCGGUGAACUUCUCAGCCCCGGCGCCAUCGAGCAGCUCAAUCUCAAUCGAAAAGGCAUUCUCAACGGUGUUCUCCCAGCUCAUCACCUCGAAGCACUUGAAAACCUCUGUAAUCCUUGCCGAACCGAUGUGCAAAUUUCCGACUUCUGGAUGUACACUUCUCCACCAAGAGAUCUUCUUCAACAGGGAUCUCAAGAAGCUAUCCUGGUCUACUAUGAACACAUUUGCCACGCUGUAGUGUGCCGUGAUCGUAACAGCAUGUGUCCACAGUGGGCUGGCGAAGGAAAGUGUCGCGAGGACUGGGCUCAACGAACCUGCUCCCAAUCCUGCGGCUGCACUGCCCAGCGAACUUGCAACAGGCUUGAUCAAUUCACCCCAAGAGUCGACAACACCGCAGUCGUCAAUCUGGAGGAAGAAGACGCUGAACACAGCGCCCCAGCAAGCAUGCCAAUUCACGACGCGAUCAAGUAUCUUGACCCUACCAGAAUUCUUGCCCAGUUCACUUCUGACGUCCGAGCUACUCUUCGCGAUCAGAUGUGCUUUUUGCCUGAUGUGGACUCGAGAAUUAUUGCUUCCAACGAUCUCUUGAAGCUCCCAAUGUACCUCACAGCCAUCCCGGAAACAAUGAAGGCUACUCUCGCCAACGAAGUCAUCUGCGGUGGGUACGUUCGUGAGCCGCGAGCAAGCAUGUGCAUGGACAAGCCGAUCAACCCAGAAACCUUGUUCUGCCGCGCUCGGCUUCCCCGAUGGACUUACGAUCGAAACACAGGCCUCUGUCGACCAAUGGAUUACGAUGGUUGCUUCCAAACUUCGAAUAGAUUUUUGACCAAAGAACAGUGCGAAGAAACAUGUGAACCUUACAUCAAAACCGUCUCGGAAGUCAAUCGUCAGAAACUCAACAAAUUCAUCGGAGCCUUGACGCCGUUGAACCUCCGGGAAAGCAUGCUCACUCUCUUCGGCAAAACAGAAGCCGAGGAAACGACCGAAGAACUCGUUGAUCAAGCCUGUAAUCCUGAAAUCGGCGCGAUUCGACCAGACUACCGAGAUGUUCUUUGCAAGAAACUCACUGAAGUUCUCAAAGAGCCGUCUGAAAAGGCUGAAGCACCGGCGAUUCAGGGAACUUGCGAGGCUAAAGCCUCUGAACGAGAAUUUUGCACUAAAAAACCAAGCAGAAACUUCAAGAAUGCGUGCGAAGAAGCUGGUUGUUGUUGGGAUCCUAAGCCAGGGGCUUCUCGACCGCUCUGGAAACACUACUGUUUCAAGAAAUCUGUUGCACAAAAGAGCAUUGAAGCAAGCGUUGUCGAAAAUGACGCAGAACACAGCGCAGCUCCAGAUUGCAAUGUCCCAACUCAGCGACGAUCGUGGUGCACUGCUCGACCAAGCAACUGGGCUAACCCUGAAACGGCCAAAAACUACUGCGAGUCACAAGGCUGCUGCUUCGCUACAAAUCCGAAGGGAAAAGUUUACCCAGUCUGGAAGUACUCCUGCUUCUCUGGAAACUAA